AAGCGCCUGCGCAGUCUGUGUCGAGCAACCAUUGAGUAAAUAAUGGCUGCCAAAGGGAAAAGCUAAACCCGAACGUUAUCGUCGGCAUCGGUCAGUCCAAGCGUAAAUUGAGAUUGGCUGAACGCCACUUUUGCGCAAUAUAAUCAUUUAUCUUAUUGAUGAGAAUUGUCUUCUAACGAUACAUCAUCAAAGCGCUAUGGAGCUACGGGUUGGAAACAAGUAUCGUCUUGGAAGAAAGAUAGGGAGCGGUUCCUUUGGAGAUAUAUAUCUUGGAACUGAUAUCUCCAAUGGAGAAGAGGUUGCUAUCAAACUUGAAUGUGUGAAAACAAAACACCCACAGCUCCAUAUUGAGAGCAAAAUAUACAGAAUGAUGCAGGGUGGAGUGGGUAUUCCAACAAUCAAGUGGUGUGGAGCAGAGGGCGAUUACAAUGUUAUGGUUAUGGAACUGCUUGGCCCAAGCCUGGAAGACCUUUUCAACUUCUGCUCACGAAAGUUUAGUCUGAAGACUGUAUUGCUGCUGGCAGACCAGCUGAUAAGCAGAAUCGAAUACAUUCACUCAAAGAAUUUUAUUCAUCGGGAUGUAAAACCAGACAACUUCUUGAUGGGUCUGGGAAAGAAAGGAAAUCUGGUGUAUCUCAUAGACUUUGGUCUUGCCAAAAAAUACAGAGAUGCACGUACACAUCAGCACAUACCAUAUCGAGAAAACAAAAAUCUUACAGGAACUGCUCGUUACGCCAGCAUCAACACUCACCUGGGCAUUGAACAAAGUCGGCGAGAUGACAUGGAAUCACUCGGCUAUGUGUUCAUGUACUUCCUUCGAGGAAGCUUGCCCUGGCAGGGCCUGAAGGCAGCAACCAAACGACAGAAAUAUGAGAGAAUUAGUGAAAAGAAAAUGUCCACACCAAUUGAAGAGUUGUGCAAGGGGUUUCCAUCUGAAUUUGCCACCUACCUCAACUUUUGCCGCUCACUACGGUUUGAUGACAAGCCUGACUACUCAUACCUGAGACAACUUUUCAGAAACCUGUUUCACCGCCAGGGAUUCACAUAUGACUAUGUCUUUGACUGGAACAUGCUCAAAUUUGGGGGACGGGGUACAGAGGAAUUGGAACGUGAUCGCAAAUUGCACAGUUCCACUGCACGAGCUUUGCAAGGAACUGCCAUGCCUAGUCGUGGACGCCCAGAUCAGAUGGCUCUUCAAGGUGUUCCUUCUCCAGCAGACUUUAACAAUGUUAGAGGCCUGUCGAGUCAGCCCAAGGACAGGCUGCCAGUGCGGCUGUCUUUGGCCACCAAGGGGUCCGAGUCGCAAGAAGGGGUAAUGGAUAGUCGCACUAGUGAUCGUUUGGCAACCCCAUCCACAGGGGGCAGGCUCAGUUUUAAGGGCUCAGGUCUGCCAGUCCUCGUCGGAGGAAGUAUGGACAACUCGAAAGUGCGACGCAUUGCAGCAGACAGCAGAAGCCAGAAGCAAAAGCCCUGAUGAAAAGGCCAUUACUGGGCUUCUCCACAAUCACUGCAGCAUUGUGUUCAUUUGUAGUGUUCAAAAAAACACCUACUCUUUCUUCUUGGAAAGUGCUGAUCUUCAGGUGCUAAUCUAUCACAACAGUUACGAUUAGCAGCAGUGUACAAGUGACCCAGUCCACUUUGAUGCCCAAAAAAAAAAAGGAAAAAUGAAAGAAAAUUUGUUCGUAAUAGAAAGUAUGCAUAUUUGCUAUUUGUUGUUAAGUUUUAUCGUAAAAAUGUGCUCUCUACAUUUUAGUUUUUUAUUUCUGUAAAUUAUGAAGGUUUUUUUGGCUUUGUUUACAAACUGCUAAAUAAGGGAAAACAUCUCACAAUUGGCAGAGGCAAAAAGGUAGUACAAUGUUCCGUCAUGUAUGAACUUCAGAGAAAAGUUUAGUAAUUUUAUUAUACUGGCAACAUUUCUGAUUUAUGAGGACUAGUCACAAAACUUUUUAUUUUAAAGAAAAAGGCCUGUAGUUUAAAGUCCGGGGAGGGUUGGGGUAGAUGUGAAUGAACAAGAAAAUCAUGAACUGGAAGUGACUGAAACAUUUGAUGAAGCAAAUGUAUUGUCUUUGUGUAAAUGAAGUUGUCUUCCCCUCAGUUUUUUGUUUAAUGCAAUGUGAAAUUGGUAUUCUUUCUAAACAGGUUGUGGACUGGUUGAAACAUUUAUUAUUUGUGGAAAAAAGGGUUGUUAGCAUGUUGUAUAUUUUGAUUUUUAGUUGAUAUUUUAGUGAGGUAGGCUUGAGAGAAAAUAUGAGUGCUUAUUAUAUGCAUGUGUGUGCACACGUUUUGUGAGAGGUUGGGGUCACUGCUGUGUUGCAAUUAUUUUUGUUUUUAACAUAAAAUUUCAAGCUUAACUUUAAUAAAAUUUAAAAAGCUGUAAAAGAAAUUUGGGGAUCAAAUUUGAAGUCAUGUGAUCUUUCAUCUUUGUGAAACUGUAGCAUGUUUUCUGCUUCAGCAUGGACAGAAAGCCAAUUGAUCUUCUGAUUGGGUGUGCCAUAAAUCUUAGGCAUUCAGCACAAGUCUUUUGGUGGUAUUAUCGUCAUCUUUCCAUUCUCCUGGGGGUUAAUACCCAGGACAUUCUUCAAAAUUGCUUUCAAACUUUUUUUGUGUGAUUUUCUCCUUGGAAUGAAAAGCCAUCAUUGUUGGAUGUUUCAUUUUGUGGUUCUUCCGGAUACCAGGGGUGGUCCAGUGGCACAACGGUUAGCGCCUGUCACCAAUAUAGUGAGGGUUGGCUGUCCUGGGUUCAGCUCUUGUCUUGAACACACUGUGCAUUCUCUUCAUGUGGCACCAGUUUACAGGCUGGUCGUUUAACAAAGCAGAUAUCUUGUAGCUUGGCUUUUUCCCCCUAAAUCAUCUUGAAAAAUUUUUAACUGGUAUGCUGCACUUUUUGUUUUAUGUCUGGGUCCAGUGGCACAACAUUUAGCACCUGUCAUGAGUACAGCAAAGGUUGGCUGCUCUGGGUUCAACUCAUGUCUCAGGGUGCUAUUCUUUCUCUGCAUGUAGCAUCAGUUUACAGGCUGGCUGCCUUGCCAUACUCACACCUGUAAGGAGUGUGCUUUUAGUGCUUAAACCAAGAACGAAACAUAGACAGCAUACAAGGGAUAGAAGAAUAAACAACAGUAUUGACAGCAAAUAAAAGAAAAAUAUAGACAACGCAAAGAGGAACCAAGUAACAAGAACUGUGAAUAGCGUUAUUCUGCAGAGGAAGAUGAGUAGGAAAGUUGCAAUAAGUGGAAAAAGGAGAGGGAGUGAAAAAGGACUAGCAUUGUGUGGACUGUGUUAGGACUAAUGCUCAAGGAAGAGGUGCGUUUUUCAUGCAGAUUUGAAGGAUUCAUUUGUAGGUGGCGAAAAGGAAUAGUUUCAUUGUUUCACUGCACAGUAACUAAAAUUCCUGUGACCAUAUGUUGUUCUGGUGACAGGAGUAGUUUGGAUAUGGUUAUCAGAAAAGGAGCAUAGUUGUCUGGCUGGGAUGUAGGGGAAGAAAAAUUCAGAGGAAUAAGGCAGGAGCCUCCAAUGAAAUUAAAAACAUAGCAAGGACAGUUUGCACUUAAUGCUGAGACCAUUAUAUCUGAUACAAUGGUACUUUGUAGGAAUGAAAGAUAAUUUCUGUGUCACUUAUCUGAAGAUGCCAUCGCUAGAAAUGUGUGUAGAAAUCUUGUUUAAUUGUACAGUAGUGGUAAAUAACUUGGAGCAAGAUCAGUUGAUUUUGAAUUUUUGCAGCAUAAAAUGUAGUCUGGUUUCCUGUCAAAGGAAUAAGGUCGUUAGUAAUCUGUGCUGAUGAUCACGGUGGGAUUUUUUUUUAUGUAUAAAUUGAAUUUAGUAGCAAGUCCUGUUGUGGAGGGAAGGAUUUUUUUUUUUUUUUAAGGACAAGUAUUAGGUUGACAUCUUUACACAGCUACUUAGCCAGAAAGGGUUAGUGCAGUAUUUACUUUUAAUGCAGUAUCAUUUCUUGCUUUCCUUUCACCUCCUGUGUUGUAUUUUGCUUGAUAAAAAUCCUUUCAGUCCAUUUAUUGUAUAGGUGUCUGCAUGUGUGUAUGUAGGGGGGUGGGGAGGAGUCUUGUAUAUAAAGAAUGGUUUUACUGCUGUCUUAAGUUUUUCUGUUAACUUUCCUUUGAUGUCAACUUUUGCAAAACUGUUUGAGAAGGAUGCAACAAACUAAGCACGUCACUGUAAGCUUUAUUAAUAGCCAUUGUAUAAGCAUCUUAAUGGUCUUAACUACAGCUUAGGCGAGGUUGAGUUUCACUUGGUCAUGUUUAUGUGAUGGGCAUACACAGAAAAUGUGUGGGUGUUGUGCAGAAAUUUAAGUUUCAGUAAUAAUUUAGAAAAACAACCAUUCUUAAAGUGAAUUUUCUGCAUACCAUUCUGUAUUAGCAAGAAAUAAGGCUAUGGAAGGAAGUAAAGACAAAAUUCGUUCUUGGGAUGAUGGGCUAUUUAAAAUUGAAGCAAUAUUUAUAGCAUUAACUUUUAUUGGUAUCCAAAAGGAGUAAAUUCACCAUGCAAACUUCGCAAAAUAGUAAUAUUAUUGUUGCUGUAGCAACACUACACUGGAAGGUUAGAAGACCCUUUAAACACAAAUAUGCAUGUUAUCAUGAGCACUGUAUUUACUGAGGGGCAGAGGGGGAACAUUGAAUAUUGCUUUUUACAUUUGUGCAACAUUGUAUUAUAAAAAUGUCAGCUAUAGAUGGUGACAUACCAUAACUUUGUUUGGCUUAUUAUUCUGCCAGUCAUUCAUACAGAAAAUAGUUCACUUUUCUUAGACAAAGAUCAUAUUCUCAUUAGUGUUUAUAAAUAGCAUUCCAAACUUUAAAACUUCUAAAAGUUGAUGUAGGAACUAAAGUACACUAGGUUAUCUACUUUUUUUUGCCAUUAAUAAACCAUUUGUGUAUCAACGUUUAUGACAUUUUUGGAGCUGUUUGUAAUACCUUUUCUUGGUUUGUCACCUGUAAGCAAAACCCGUCUGUGACCAUCUUAAUUGUGUUUAUGUGCUGUUAUAAAAAGAAAAUGUUGUCCUUCAAAUUAACCAAAUUUUCAUUUGAAUAGCUAAUAUUUUAUCCAAGCCAAUGUUUAAUGAGAGAGGGAUCCAUUUAAUCACAAUUUUUGUUUUCCCUACUUUGCAAGGAUAACAGUGAAUUUUUGUGCUUAUUUUAUAUAAAUUUUACCUGUAGCUCAUAGGGUUUUUUUAGUUUCUAGAUAUUUCAAGUUUUAUGGACUUAAAAAGGAUUAAAAGGAGCUAAUGCAUCAAUAUUAGAACUAUAAAAAUAUUUGUCUUUUAAAGAGGGGAAAUAAGAGAGCCUAGGUCGGUGAUUGCAUGUGUUUAUAUUCACACUGUAUUGUGUUAUUUUUGUUGAGAAAGAUGGCAGUCUUGUAAUCAAUUUGCACAUAAACUUGACAUGACUUAUAGGCUUGUGCAUUGUACAGCAUAAACCACAUCUGCUCUUUCUUUAAACUUUUGUUUAACUGAGUUUUGAUAUCUUAUAUAACUUCCAAAGAUAGUUUCAGCUUAUAAAUUUGUGUCUUGCAUGAUGCACAUGUAUUUUAAUGUUAUUUUAAAGAUUAUUUUGAUUCAUUAGUGUUGGAUUUUAGCAGGAAUGGGUUAUUUUUUAGUUUCCUAAACUGUUUGCAGUUUGCGUGUUUCUUUUUAUGUUGGAGGAAAGUGAUAUUUUAUUAUAAUAAAUAGCUCAGAUUGUACAAUCGAAAUUUAAGCUGUUUCUAUUAAUAGUGUGGUUUUGUCAUGCAGAGUGUAAAUGUUUCUGUAAAAAGUUUACUUUUUUAGGCAAUGUUCACCUCUUCACUGUCAGGUUAACAUAUGAUACUUAUUUCUCCAUCCUGUUUUGAGAACCUCUGUCCUUCACAGAAACAAAAGAGGGACUGGGGCAACACAGGCAAUAAGUGUAAAAGGGCAACUGUUUCCAAAAUAGACAAAUUCAAAGUAAGAAUGCCAGUGAAUGAGACUUUUUCAUACCAUGGCAGUGAAGGGGACAAUUUUUUCAACUUGUAUAUUGAUUUCAGCUGUCAGAGAAGUUGAAAUAUGUGUGUGUGUGUGCACAUAUUUGUGUGUGUGUAGAUGUGCAUACACAUGUAUGCAUGUGUGUGAAAGAAAGGAAGAUUGAAGAAAAUAGCAUGUAUACACAUGCUUACUUUGUGUGCACAUAAGAAACAAAGGAAAAAAUGAAUUAAGAAAUAUGCCUGGGUUUUUCGUUUUUUUUUUUUUUUUUUUUUUGUAAAAGUCUGCAUCUUGCUGUUCUUGUACUGAAAGCUUUCUUUUGGUCCUGUGGUGAAAAGAAAGCAUUUUCAUCUGUAUCUUAAGAAGAAUAAAAGCAUGGAAAUAAUAAUGAUGUUCAAUAAUUAUUUUCUUUGUCAGGUGUAUCAGAAUUCAAUUCUGUUGGAACAUUAUUAAAGUUUGUUCUUUACAUAAA